UCACCCGGAAGUGCGAGUAGCCUGGGGAGGGGCGAGUGUCUGCGCCAGCCGGAGGGGAGGGGGCAGGAGGAGAGGGAGGAGCCGAAGCCGAAGGGGAGUUGGUGUUGGUGCUGAAGGUGCAGCCGUCGCCACCGCCACCACCACACCGCCGCCGCCGCCGCCGCCGCCGCCGCCGCCGCCACUGGCGCCGCCGCCUUAUCCUCACGGUGUGUGAGGCGGCACUACGUCCGUGCCGCCGCGCCGCCUCAGCGCUGGAGCUACGGCGCUGUGCGGAUGUGAAGCUAGGAAUGUGAAGAAAAACAGAAUGGAUCCAGUUAUGGGUGUGAAUUCUGUCACCAUUGCAGUGGAAGGUAUGACAUGCAAUUCCUGUGUCCAGACUAUUGAACAGAAGAUUGGAAAAGAGAAUGGGGUACACCUUAUUCAAGUUUCACUGGAAAAAAAAAUUGCAACCAUUAUCUAUGACUCCAGACUCCAAAAUCCAGGAUCACUGCAGGAAACUAUUGAUGAUAUGGGAUUUGAGGCUUCCCUCCCUGAUCCUAGCCCUCAACCUGUCCUCACUGACACUUUGGUUUUGACUAGUACUUCUUCACUGGCCCCAUCAUGGGACCAAGUCCAGAGCACAUUGCUCAAGGCCAAGGGUGUAACAGAUGUUCAGAUUUCUCCGCAGCAAAACACAGCAGUGGUGACGAUGAUCCCUUCUGUCGUAAAUGCCAGCCAGAUAAUCCAGUUGGUUCCUGGCAUCAGCUUAGACACUGGAGCACCAGAAAGAAAGCCAGUUCCUAGUGAAGACACCAGCAUGGCGCAGCCAAACGGAGUCAUGCUGAAGAUGAAAGUGGAAGGGAUGACAUGCCAUUCAUGUACAAGCACUAUUGAAGGAAAAAUUGGUAAACUGCUAGGUGUUCAGCGAAUUAAAGUCUCCUUGGACAAUCAAGAAGCAACUAUUAUAUAUCAGCCUCACCUUAUUACAGCAGAGGAAAUAAAAAAGCAGAUCGAAGCUGUGGGUUUUCCAGCAUUCAUCAAAAAGCAGCCCAAGUACCUCACACUAGGAACCAUUGACGUAGAGCGCCUAAAGAACACACCAGUCAAAUCCAAUGCGGGAUCACAGCAAAAAUGUUCCAAAUCUCCUAAGGGCUCAGCUGCCACCUUCGUCAUAGAUGGCAUGCAUUGUCAGUCCUGUGUGUUCAAUAUUGAAAGCCAUAUCUCUGCACUCCCAGCUGUGAACAGCGUGGCAGUUUCUUUAGAAAGCAAAUCUGCUAUCGUGAAGUACAACCCCAAAUUAAUCACUCCAGAUGCCUUGAGAAAAGCUAUAGAAGCCAUAGCACCAGGGCAAUAUAAAGUUAGUCUUGCCAGUGAGCGUCAUGGCAGCCCUAAUUCUCCAGUGAUCCCUUUUCUCCAAAAGCCACAUGGCAGUGGACCUAGCCAACCUUUGACUCAAGAAACUGUUAUAAAUAUUGAUGGUAUGACUUGUAAUUCUUGCGUGCAAUCAAUAGAAGGUGUCAUAUCGAAAAAAACUGGUGUGAAAUGUAUACGGGUCUCACUUACCAAUAGCACUGGAAUUAUUGAAUACGAUCCCUUACUGACCUCUCCAGAAACCCUGAGGGAAGCAAUAGAGGACAUGGGAUUUGAUGCAACCUUAAAAGAUUCUGAUAAAGAAACAUUCGGCAAGACAGCAAUACGGACUCACAGUAAAGAAGAGACAAAACCUCUAAUCCAUGAUAAGGAGGAGGCAAAGACUCCAGCCAAAUGUUACAUUCAGGUCACUGGCAUGACCUGUGCUUCCUGUGUGGCAAACAUUGAAAGGAACCUCCGACGAGAAGAAGGAAUAUAUUCUGUGCUUGUGGCCCUGAUGGCUGGUAAGGCAGAAGUAAGAUACAAUGCUGCUCUCGUGCAGCCCCCAAUGAUAGCAGAAUUCAUCAAGGAACUUGGGUUUGGAGCUGUGGUGAUGGAAAAUGCUGGUGAAGGGGAUGGAGUUCUGGAACUUAUUGUGAGAGGAAUGACUUGUGCUUCCUGUGUGCAUAAAAUCGAAUCUACUCUUAUGAAAACCAGAGGGAUCUUCUACUGCUCUGUAGCGCUGGCUACGAAUAAAGCACAUAUCAAAUAUGAUCCAGAGGUUAUUGGUCCGAGAGAUGUUAUCAAUAUAAUACAAAAUUUAGGUUUCGAAGCAUCUUUAGUCAAGAAGGAUCGAUCAGCAAGCCACCUUGACCAUAAGCGAGAAAUCCAGCAGUGGAAACGAGCCUUCCUUGUGAGUCUAUUUUUCUGUAUUCCUGUGAUGGGGCUGAUGAUUUAUAUGAUGAUUAUGGACCACCACCUAACUAGCACUCACCAGCAUCACAAUUUGAGUCAGGAAGAAAUGGCAAGCUAUCACUCAGCGAUGUUUCUGGAGCGCCAGAUCCUGCCAGGGCUGUCUGUCAUGAAUUUGCUGUCCUUUUUAUUGUGUAUACCUGUUCAGUUCUUUGGAGGCUGGCACUUCUACAUCCAGGCAUACAAAGCCCUGAGACAUAAGACUGCUAACAUGGACGUGCUCAUCGUACUGGCCACCACCAUUGCAUUUGCCUACUCUUUGGUCAUCCUUCUGGUUGCAAUGGUCGAGAAAGCAAAAGUGAACCCCAUUACUUUCUUUGACACUCCUCCUAUGCUGUUUGUGUUCAUUGCACUGGGGCGCUGGCUGGAGCACAUAGCAAAGGGAAAAACAUCAGAGGCUCUUGCAAAGCUAAUUUCCCUACAAGCUACAGAGGCUACCAUUGUAACUCUCAACUCAGACAAUAUCCUCUUGAGUGAAGAACAAGUGGAUGUUGAACUUGUGCAACGUGGAGACAUUGUUCGAGUGGUUCCAGGAGGCAAAUUCCCUGUGGAUGGUCGGGUUAUUGAAGGGCAUUCAAUGGUAGAUGAGUCCCUCAUCACAGGGGAAGCCAUGCCUGUGACCAAGAAACCAGGCAGCCCAGUGAUUGCUGGCUCUAUUAACCAGAAUGGGUCACUACUCAUCAGAGCAACCCAUGUUGGAGCUGAUACAACCCUCUCACAAAUUGUCAAGCUUGUGGAGGAAGCACAAACAUCCAAGGCUCCCAUCCAGCAGUUUGCGGACAAACUUAGUGGUUAUUUUGUUCCUUUCAUUGUUAUUAUCUCUGUUGUUACCCUCUUGGUCUGGAUCGUGAUUGGAUUUAUUCAUUUUGAAGUCGUGGAAACCUAUUUUCCUGGCUACAACAAGAGCAUCUCCCGAACGGAAGUGAUCAUCCGAUUUGCCUUCCAGGCUUCUAUCACUGUGCUAUGUAUAGCCUGCCCCUGUUCUCUGGGCUUAGCUACUCCCACUGCUGUUAUGGUGGGCACUGGGGUAGGAGCUCAAAAUGGCAUCCUGAUCAAAGGUGGAGAACCCCUGGAAAUGGCCCACAAGGUAAAGGUAGUGGUGUUCGAUAAGACUGGAACCAUAACCCAUGGAACUCCAGUAGUGAACCAACUGAAAGUUUUAGUGGAAAGUAGUAAAAUAUCACGCAAUAAGAUCCUGGCUAUUGUGGGAACUGCUGAAAGUAACAGUGAGCACCCACUAGGAGCAGCAGUUACAAAAUACUGCAGACAGGAGCUGGACACUGAAACCUUGGGUACCUGUACAGAUUUCCAAGUUAUCCCAGGUUGUGGCAUUAGCUGUAAAGUAACCAACAUUGAAGCUCUCCUCCAGAAAAGUGACUGGCAAGUCGAGGAAAAUAAUCUUAAAAAUGCAUCCCUCAUGGACCUUGAUGCAAAUGAUGGACAGCCAGGUCAUUCUUCCUUCAUUAUUGAUGCCCAGGUGCCCACUGCCUUGAAUUCUCAGAAGUAUACAGUCCUUAUUGGGAACCGGGAGUGGAUGAGCAGAAAUGACCUUGUCAUUAAGAAUGAUGUGGAUAGUAUGAUGAUUGAACAUGAGAGGAAAGGUCGAACAGCUGUGCUGGUGGCCAUUGAUGGUGUGUUGUGUGGGUUGAUAGCUAUCGCUGACACAGUGAAGCCUGAAGCAGAGCUGGCUGUCCACACACUAAAAUCUAUGGGCUUAGAAGUUGUUUUGAUGACUGGAGACAACAGUAAAACUGCUAGGUCUAUUGCUUCCCAGGUGGGCAUUAAAAAAGUUUUUGCCGAAGUCCUUCCCUCUCACAAGGUUGCUAAGGUGAAGCAGCUGCAAGAUGAGGGGAAGCGGGUAGCAAUGGUGGGCGAUGGGAUCAAUGACUCCCCAGCACUGGCUAUGGCUAAUGUUGGAAUUGCCAUUGGUACCGGUACAGAUGUAGCCAUUGAAGCUGCUGAUGUGGUUCUAAUAAGGAAUGACCUUCUGGAUGUGGUAGCAAGUAUUGACUUAUCAAGGAAGACUGUCAAAAGAAUUCGAAUAAAUUUUGUCUUUGCUCUGAUUUAUAAUCUACUUGGAAUCCCUGUAGCUGCUGGCGUCUUUAUGCCCUUUGGUUUGGUUUUGCAGCCCUGGAUGGGAUCAGCUGCCAUGGCUGCCUCAUCAGUUUCGGUGGUUCUGUCUUCACUGUUGCUCAAACUUUAUAAGAAACCUACUUAUGAGAAGUGCGAACUACGAGCUCACUACCAAGUAGGCCGAAAGAGUUCUUCAGAAAUUAGCGUUCACAUUGGCCUUGACGACACAUCCAGAGACUCUCCCAAGCUAGGUUUGCUGGACCAGAUAGUCAAUUACAGCCGAGCAUCAAUUAACUCCCUCCUCUCAGAUAAGCGGUCCCUGAGCAGCAUUGUUCUGAGUGAGCCAGACAAACACUCACUCCUGGUUGGAGAUUUCCGGGACGAUGAUGACACUUCAUUGUGAAAAAGCUCAGCUACUGCUGCUGUCCUGACCUCACUGUGCACUGAUGGAGAUGAAGUUUAUUAGGAUGUGAUCUUAGUUUGGUCAAAAAUCAUGUUGCAGGGGUUUGGAGUUGGUCUUGUGUCCUGAGAGUGUGUUUGUCUUGUGAGAAACGUGUCUUUUUCAACAUAUCAGCGUUGAAGCUAUUUGUGUCUGGUUUCAGUGAUCUUCAGUAUUUUUUUAACCUGAUAUGAUAGAGUCGCAAUAGAGGCUCACUUAAGCCUCUGAGUAUUGCUGUCAACCUCCUGGUCAGAUGAUUUGGGGAUUUGAUGAGAACUGCCCUCACUCCCCUCAAAAAUAGCUUAGGAAGAAUACCCUUUUCAGGAGAUGGGCACUUAAGGGGGUGGUAGCCAAGUGCUGCUCUCCCGGUUGUAUAACCUGCCUCCUGCAAGGGCAGCAAAUAGCAGUUCUCACAGCUAAGCCCAAGGCCUCAAAAUUAGGCAGGAAAGAAGAAGGGAAGAAGCAGUCAUAGCCAUUCAUGUAACAUUAGAUGUGCCUUAUUUGCGUACUUUUCUCCAAGAAUCUUUUCCUUCUAUGCUGUUAGCACAUAGGGAUUUUUUUGGCAAAGAUAUUUUAUUUUACAAAUUACAUACAAUAACAAUUUUCCACAUAAGUCUUCUGAAGUUAUAAGAUCCAAAUUCUCUCCCACCCCUUUCCCAGAGAUGGUAAGCAAUUCAAUCUGGGCAUUAGCAUGUGUUAUCUUGCAGAACAUAUUUCCAUAUUGUUCACUUUUGUAAAAGAAUAAUCAUAUAAAACCAAAACCCCAAACUAAAAACUCAAAUAAACUAAAGUGAAAAAUAGUAUAGCACAUAGUAUUUGAUGAGACAGAGUUUCUUUUUCUUGACUAAGUUGGACCAGGUUGAAAUGGGUCAGGUCAGGUUGGCUCACUAUAACUAACAUCCUUUUUUUCUAGUUCUCUCUUGCUUCCUGACCCUUUUGGAGUGAAGGGACUGAAAGGACAUUGAAGGUUUCUGUGUCUCACCACACUCCCACCUUUCUAUUUUUCCCAAGAUUUCAGUUAAUUCUGACUUCAACUUGAACCCUGUCCUGUACAAAUGGGAUUCACAGAUGGUCCUGAGAUCAGUCACUCUCAGUAAAGUCAUCAUUACCAGCAUCUGUUUUAGCCUUGUCUUCACUGAAUUUUCCCACAGAUUAACACUACCUUGUUUAAUAGAGACAUAAUUCCCAUAUCUUGAGUUUUUUAGGAAAAGGUACUCUAGGACUUUGUAUUUAUUAGUAUUUAUCAUUUAAUAGAUUAUCAAAUAUCUUUUUGUGUUUGAGAUAGCCUUUCCAAGUUAUUUUAAGUGAAUACUAAUAGCGUAAAAUGGCUUUUGUUUUAAAAAAUCUUUUUUUCUAUCAAUUAAACUGUAGGCAUCAAUUUUUAUGUAGAGUUGUGCUUAUUAGCAAACUGUGCUGUUUCUCUCUAAGUUUGAAAUGUUUACACUUAAUACUUUAAUGGAGAUGGUAGAUUUAGAUGCUUGUUCCCUCUGCCAUAUGGGCUUAGAAUUUCCCCUGUUACAUGAUUGGGAAUGAGGAAGUGGGUCACAGGUUGCCAUCUGUACUACUCAUGUCUUUGUUAUUUGAAGGAAUUUAUUUUUGUAGAGACUACACAUGAAAAGAAUUUCUAAACAAAUGCUCGGUUUUUUUCAUCCAUUUAUUUAAAUGUCUCAGCUUAAAGGAGAUCAUAUAACUAAAAAGGCAACCUUGUGGAACAGAAUCUAAAAGCAGCUGAAGGAGAAAUAUCAUUCAUUCAUUCAUUCAUUCUUACUCUCACUCUCUUUCCCCAUACAAAACAAGACCAUUCAUAUGUCAUUUUGUGGUAUCUAUCUGAAUUCAGAAGGUCUAAUUUGUAUCUUAUAAUCAAGAAUCAGACAAGUAGAGCUGAAACUUUUUAUGAAGGUGCUGUUAGUCUAGUAGGGCAAACUCAGUUUAGGCAAAGAUGAAUGACCUUGAGUGUCUUAACUCUUACUCCAGCCUUCUACUGAUGCCAUUGGCCAUAUGUCCAGGUUGAGUUGUGAGUUUCUUUGCCUAAUUUUAGUAGCUUUUUGCCCCAUCCUUUGUUUACUGAGAUUGCUUCUAGUGAGAAGCAACAAAGGUAGCAACUAGAAAAAUAUCUUUUCUUCUGCACUCCAGAAUCAGUUUCUAAAAGAAGCAGUUUCUUUCUAAAGAGAUUUGGUCAUGGCCACUUAGCAUUUCCAGUGCUACCUUUGUCUGUGAAGUUGUCCUUUUAGAGCCAAUGGCCACACUCUGGCUUGGUGGUUAUGUUUUCUGCCCUGGGUAAGAGUGAUUGUUAUAAUUUCAGAAUUGUGGCUUUGCUGUGGGAACAGAAGACAUUUUGUUCGGGACUGAGUCUUGCUUUAUAUCUGCAGCCACAUUUUAGUUCUCUUUCUGUAGGUCUCUUCUGCAAGGCAAGGGCCUGUUGGCUUCAGAUUGGGUUAUGGAAGGGAACAAAAAUGUUGCUUACAACUUGUAGCAAAAGUUGUGAGAACAAAUAUAUUUUUUUAUAUUCAGAAUGCAAAUGGAUUUAUAUUUGUUUCUGAUAUUUGAAGUUCUUUAUUUGUUAUGUCUAUCUAUUUCCUUGAUCCAUUCAAUAGACAGUUCAUUUAGAGUCUGAGGAUAACAAGUGCCCUUUGGUACCCAGUACUCAUUUAGACUGAAAUAUGGGGUGCUUCUUGUCUUAAAUGUUUGGAGAUGCCUUUUGAAUUUAAAAGCCUACAAACUAGCUAAUGCUUAGUUUAAUGUUAUAGAACAGACCAAUGAAAUGUGACUAUCUAUUGUGAAAACAAGAUUGUCCUCCUCGCCUCCCAAAUUAUAUGUGUAAUGUGAUUUUGGUGUCAACCUAUUGGAAUGUUAAACUUGCUGCUCUGUGAACAAAUGAUUUUCUUUUACAAAGGUCUCCAGUCCACUUGUACAGAAUGGUUGAAAUAGCACUAGAUGAAAUGUUUCUAGGAAUCUACAUGUGCAAACUUUUUUCUGUACACAUUUUGUGAUGAAACAGCUUGCAAUCAAAGUUUUAAAUUGUUAUGGGAAAUCAUUUAAUUAUUAAUAGCUUGUAUUAGGUUAAUUAUUUUUCUUAAUAUUUAUUUUAUUGUGUUUUGUCAUUCUCUGUAGGUGAGAAAUGUUCGCGAUUUGUUUACUCUCCAAAGCUUCAUUGGACAAUGUACAAUGACCAUCUUGCUUAAUGUUCUAGAGCUCGUUUGCUCUUUUUGGUGUAUUUUUUCCAUAUGCAUGUAAUUGAACAUACUUUUGCCAAGGAUGUGCCUUCAACUUUGUAAUUACAGUGUUGUCAAGAGAUAUCA